AUGGCAGGUCGUAUCAGUGCCGAGGAGCUCGACGAGAUCUACACAUUUGCGACCAACCUGGGCAAGGAGGCUGGCCGCCUGCUCAUGAGUUAUGCCAACGCCCGCAUGUCCGACCAGAGCGCCAGUGCCGAGCAAAAGUUCUCGGAAAAGGACAGCGCUGUAGACAUUGUCACAAAGGCAGACGAGGAUGUCGAAGCUUUCAUCAAAUCGUCCAUCGAGGCCAAGUAUCCGUCACACAAGUUCCUUGGCGAGGAGAGCUACUCCAAGGGCCAGUCGCGCGACUACCUCAUCGACGACGAGCCGACGUGGUGCGUCGACCCCCUCGACGGCACCGUCAACUACACGCACCUCUUCCCCAUGUUCUGCGUGUCCAUCGGCUUCAUCGUCGACUCGCAGCCCGUCAUUGGCGUCAUCGACGCCCCCUUCCUCAACCAGACCUUUUCCUCGUGCAAGGGCCGCGGCGCGUGGCUCAACGGCACCCAGCGCCUGCCCUUGAUCCGCACGCCCCAGAUCCCCGCGAUUCCCGACAGAGCGCCCGGCGGGUGCAUCUUCUCGUGCGAGUGGGGCAAGGACAGGAGGGACACGCCCGACGGCAACAUGCACCGCAAGAUUGAGAGCUUCAUGAACAUGGCGGCCGAGCUUGGCGGGCGUGGUGGCAAGGGCGGCAUGGUCCAUGGCGUGCGCAGUCUGGGCAGCGCCACGCUCGACCUUGCGUACACGGCCAUGGGCGCGUUUGAUAUCUGGUGGGAAGGCGGCUGCUGGGAGUGGGAUGUUGCGGCUGGCAUUGCCAUUCUAAAGGAGGCUGGUGGCCUUGUCACGACAGCCAAUCCGCCUGCAGACCACGAGACAGUGGACGUCCCAGAUGUGCGGCUAGGAAGCCGAUUGUAUCUGGCCGUCAGACCUGCAGGUCCAAACGGCUCAGAAACGGCCCGCCAGUCCCAGGAGCGCGUGGUCAGGGAGGUGUGGAAGAGGGUCCGGAACUUGGACUACUCGAGGCCAGGCGCGUAA